CUUGAAACAGAAGAUUCAAAAAUUAAUAAUGCUAAUCAUAUAAAUUUUAUUUAAAAACCAAAUUAAUUUCCUCCUCUUGAUCCAAUUCUUCUUUUACUGUCGACAUUGUUAUAAUAUCAGAAGAACAGAGAAGUUAAUUCUAUAAAUAUAUAAAAAAAUGUCUUUCUUGGUCGGAAUGUUCAUCGGAAUAUCCACCGGAAUUGGAUUAAUCGUAGCAUUUGCUCGUUAUCAGAAUAUCCGAUCUCUACAUCGGUCUCAAUUGGCAAAAAUAAUAGCUGCAUUUGCAAGAAUGACAGUGGAGGAUUCCAGAAAAUUAUUACCUGCAGAAUUAUAUCCAUCAUGGGUUGUUUUUUCACAGAGACAAAAGUUAACUUGGCUUAAUCUCCAGCUUGACAAGAUUUGGCCUUAUGUUGAUCAGGCAGCAUCAGAAUUGAUAAGAAGCAAUGUGGAGCCAAUUCUUGAACAGUAUAGACCAGCUAUACUAUCCUCUCUCAAGUUUUCGAAAUUAACCCUUGGUACUGUAGCUCCACAGCUUACAGGAAUUUCGAUUGUUGAAGAGGAAAGUGGAGAUGGGUGUGUGACCAUGGAGUUGGAAAUGCAAUGGGAUGGCAAUCCAAAUAUUGUUAUCGAUAUCAAUACCCGAGUUGGUGUCGCGCUACCUGUACAGGUUAAAAAUAUUGGAUUCACUGGGGUUUUCAGGUUAAUUUUCAAACCAUUAGUUGAAGAAUUUCCUGGUUUUGGAGCCAUUUCUUAUUCAUUGAGACAUAAGAAAAAGCUGGAUUUUACGCUUAAAGUUGUCGGUGGCGAAAUAUCAGCAAUACCAGGAUUAUCUGAUGCUAUUGAGGAAACUAUUCGGGAUGCUAUUGAAGAUUCUAUAACGUGGCCAGUUCGGAAAAUUGUAUCGAUAUUACCCGGUGAUUACAGUGACCUGGAGGUGAAGCCUGUCGGAAAACUGGAAGUGAAGCUUGUACAAGGCAAAGAGUUAACUAACAAAGAUAUUAUCGGGAAAUCUGAUCCUUAUGCAGUUGUUUUCAUACGUCCACUCCGUGACAGAAUGAGAACGAGCAAAACAAUUAGCAACCAAUUGAAUCCUAUUUGGAAUGAACACUUCGAGUUCAUAGUCGAAGAUCCAUCGACUCAACACUUGACGGUAAGAGUUUUCGAUGAUGAAGGAAUUCAAGCCUCGGAACUCAUUGGCAUUGCUCAAGUAGCAUUAAAGGAUCUUGAACCUGGAAAAGUGAAGGGUGUAUGGUUGAAACUAGUCAAGGAUUUGGAGUUUCAGAGAGAUACUAAAUACAGGGGUCAGAUUCAGUUGGAGCUUUUAUACUGUCCAUUCGGCACAGAGAGCAGCUUGAUGAAUCCUUUUAAUGGUGAUUAUCAAUUGACGUCUUUGGAAAAGGCUAUUAAGAGUGGAACUGAAGAUUUAGGAGUCAGUACUCUUAAGAAACCUAACUCUCCUAAGAAAAAAAACGUUAUAGUUCGAGGGGUACUAUCGGUUAGUGUGAUAUCUGCAGAGAAGUUGCCAGUGGUAGACUUGACAGGAAAAGCUGAUCCUUAUGUUGUUCUUCAUAUGAAAAAAUCAGAAUCAAAAUUCAGAACGAGGGUUGUAAAUGAGAAUCUUAAUCCAGUUUGGAAUCAAACAUUCGACUUCGUUGUGGAGGAUGCAUUACAUGAUAUGUUAAUGUUGGAAGUCUGGGACCAUGACACUUUUGGAAAGGAUAAAAUAGGAAGAGUCAUAAUGACACUCACCAGGGUUCUAUUAGAAGGAGAAUUUCAGGACAGUUUUCCAAUAGAUGGUACUAAAUCCGGAAAGAUUUCCUUGCAUCUCAAAUGGACACCGCAGCUUAAAUUACGCGAAGUUUGACAGAUUACAUCAGUAGGGUUUGCCGGAUCUGAAGCUGUAAAAAAGACGAGAUGUCCGAAAAUAAGGUUUGCUCAUAAUUGAAGCUGUAAAAAGGAUAAAAGAUGAAUGAGAAAGAAUUGCCAGAUAUAUUCUUA